AUGGUGAAUGCGCGGGCGAGGACUUCACUACUUGCACAGCGUCUUUCCACAAACGCCGGGCCAUCACCACCACCACCACCCAAACACAGACACCAACCAGAAGCCAUCCGCACCGACUUCCCCAAAGGCCCUUCUUCCUCCAAACCGCAUACGCCCACUCCGUUUUUACCCUCGCGGCGCCGAAAUAUUUGCACAACAGUAGUCGCGGUACCUGCUCAUUGGUACCUUUCGUCUAACUCUGGGCAGCAUCUCCUCACAAACCCAGCCCUUGCAACUUGCAGCCGGUAA